AUGACACUGGUGCCGUUGUUCCUAGUUAAUCUGUAUCAUUUUAAUCCAGACGAUAGUACUAUUUGCUUUGCCAGUAAUUACCUCCUUUGGAAACUGGAAAGAGUUGUGUUGUUGAGUUCACUGGAACUUUGUUCCCUUCAAAUGACCUUGUUUUAA